AUGGGUUAUCUAGUCAAAGUACCGGAAUCACUGCCAGUGAUCCGGUACCAACCAGCAUCCCCACCACCACCCAUCUCAAACGAGGUGGUACAACAUUACCAAAGUGUCAGUGAAUUUGUAUCGCCACAUCAUCGCCCACUAACUGCUACCAAUUAUUUCCUUAACCGGAAAUGUCUGCACAAGAGGUGUCGUCAACUUAACGAAUUUGUCAUCAAGGGUGGCAAACGCUUCUCAGAAAUUCCCCUGGUCACAACGGUUACUCCGGUCGCAGUCCUUUACACGGCCGCCCUGAUGUGGAAAGAAUUUACACGAGAAAAGAAACCUCUUCGUAAAAUGAGACGAAAACACGAGAGAAGGAGACCCGUAAAAACUGAGGAGGAAAAAGAAAUCGAAGAAAUGAAAGAGAAAGCACGACGGGAAAAGGAACGUGCCGUUAUGAAAAAAGAACAAAAAUUAGAACUUGCCAGAGAAAUUAUGGGAAUUCACGCUGAUAUUUUACGCCUCAUCGCUUACACGACGGCGACUGGGACGCAAACGCUCGAAUUGGCGAAUAAUCUACGGAAAGAUGCAGGCAUUCGGAUCCCUGGCAUUGCAAGGAGGAGAAAAAUUGGUGAGAAGAAGCAGCGUAAAAAUACUACUGCUGUAUCAUCCUCUGAUGAAAGCAGAAGUACCGUCGAGCUAACCAAUCGAGUCGAUGCUAGUUUAACGAAGGAUUUUAAUGCCACGUUAACCAGACUAAAAAAUUUGCAGAAUGUCCUGACCAGACUUGACUCUGUUUAGUGAGUGAGGUGUAUUUAUGCGUCGUAGUAAAUAAGUUAUUAAUAUGCAAAGAUUUUUAAAUUAAUUUGUAUAUUUUUAAUUAAAAAAAUAUGGUGAUACAAUAAAUAAAAUUUCAUAAUUUAUAAAUAAAUCAUAGUUUACAAAUUUUCAUAAGUUGUACUUUGUGGUGGUGGUGGAAAUAUUGCAAGAUGAGAUUCGUCUCGUUUCAGAUUGUAUACAUCAAAA